AACAGUUUAGAUUUCAAAUCGUUAGAAUCUCAAGAAUCAGACUACAUUCAAUAUGCGCGCUUUUAUUGUUAUGUGCCUAGUGGCAGUCGCCUGUGCUGACAAAUUGGGUUACAACUACCAACCUGUUGGUCAUUCCAAUUAUGGUUUAUCUUUCCAACCUGGAUCUGGUGUUAGUGGUUUCGAUGCCGGUGCUUCUUAUGACACUCCUUCCUACUCAGCUCCUGCUGAGUACGACAAGGAAUUCUUCUCAUUCUCUGCUCCAGAAGGUGAAUUCGAUGAUCCCAAUGCCGCUCAAAAGAUUGCCGGUAGUGUGAAACAAGGUCUUCGUGUUGUCUUUAUCAAGGGUCCCGAAAACAAGGGACUCGAAGAUGCUGCACUCGCUUUGGCCAAACAAGCUGCCAAUCAAAAAACUGAUAUCUAUGUUCUCAACAAACAAGCUGAUAUUGGUGAUUUGGCCAACAGACUCAAUUCUCUCAACAAGAACAACAACAACAACAGACCCGAAGUUCACUUUGUCAAAUACCGUACCCCUGAAGAUGCUACCAAUGCUCAAAAAGCUAUCCAAAGUCAAUACGAUUCUUUGGGCGGUCCUUCUCAAUCUCACAAUGGUGGUGUUGCUCCCGUUCUCAACUUUGCUUCUCAAGCCCCAGUACGCGCUCCUACAGCUCAUGCUCCCGGUAACGCUUACUUGCCUUCAUCUGUUUUCCGUCGUCGCUUGUAAGCGAUAAAUCGCACGUACCUAAAGAGACUGAUCAUUUAUU